AAAACCUUUUAUUUUUGAUAAAUUUAUGGCUAUUAAAAUAGUGCAAAAUUAUUAAUUUAAAUAAUGAAGUUUUACGCUGAAUAUCAUUAUGAUGGCGAUUGUGGUUUGGCGAAAGUUUUCAUGUCUCUUUCCGGUUGGGCCUUUUCGACAUUUUCUCUGGAUAAAUUACCAAAUGGCUAUGUUGAAAAUGAGCAUUUCGGACCACGUGUCGUUAAAUAUGAUUGGUUUCCAUUGUUAGUGGAGUUCCCAAUGUUGUUUGGGCUGUUGAUUGCAGCGGCAGUGACGGCAGUUUUAUUGUUAUUUUGGCUUUGCUGUAAGGUCAAAGGUCUGCAGAAAUGUCGAAAGAUAAAAAAUCGCUGCUGUCAUUGCCUUAUCACUUUGCUACUGAUAUUGUUGUUGCUACCGCUUGCCACUGGCCUAUACAUGACAUUUCGUACAAAUUAUUUACUACGAAGAAUUAAGGAUAACGUCAAGGAUUAUAGAGACAUAAAUAACUCUACUAUUCAGAAUUUAGAACACCAGAAAAUUGAGACCAAUUCGAAACUAAGAGCAGUAGAAUAUAAAUCUAACAGCGAAACGCUGGAUAAUAGAGUUAGCAAGUCGACGGCUGAGGUUUUAAUUGAGUGGCUGCAGGAUUUGGCACAUAAGGAGCAUAAGAAUUUGCAGACACUCAAAUAUCUAUACAACAAUCGAGAGCACUUCAGGCCAGCUGUAAAAGUGCUCCGUGACUAUGCGCUCAAGCUAGUGAUAUUUGGUGUAGAAAUGGAUGAUUUAUUUCGCAUAUUUUCCCGUGAGACCAUGAUGUUUCUAAGAACAAGCGCCAACAAUACAGCACUUAAAGAAUUGAAUGUGCCUCAGGAGAAGAGAAUAAAUGUGUGGCAUUUGCACUCACUAUAUCUACAAUUCGCAUAUUUAUAUGAAUAUCUGGAGCACUUAUUAUCCGCCUCUGAAAAUAUAUUACACUUACAAAACUCCCUUGCAGAGCUUACCGCCAACCCGAAUGAAGGCGGUAUGAUAUUUAAAGCUCAAACAUCGCGGGAUGCAUCUAGAGACAGUUCCACAGUUACAGACAGCAUAAGCAUACCGAAAAUCAUACUCUAUCUGGCAAUGGCUGCAUUUUUUCUCAAUGCUGCGCUCACCUACAUAUUGCUCAUGGCGGUUGGUUUUGGCAUUUUUCGUCAUUAUGAAGAGGCAAAUUGUCUGCUUAAAUUCUUCUUUUUCCUCAAUGUUUUGACGAUUGGUAUAUUAGGAGUACUCUCUGUUUUACAUUUUUUGUUCACCAUGGUAUUGCAUACGGGAAUUUGUCACAAAAGUAAUUUGUCAGCAUAUCGCUUAGCCUCGCCACCUAAGUGCCCUCCGGUUGGUGUAGCCGACGAAAGGAGUUCGCUUAAUUUUUCCAAUACCCAUGAUUAUGUGAAACAAGAAGAGUUUUUCAAUAAACUUGAACGCGUAUUACCAAGAAAUAUUUUUUGGAAUUUCACUGGUGGAGGCGGUCUGCUGAGCUCGAAAGACAUUUACCUCCAGAAGAAAUGGUUUGAGGACGAUAUCCCGCAUUUUCUAACCAAGAAAGACAUUGCACUACUCAAGAAUUUCAUGAAGGAACAUAAUGGGAUUGGCAAAGGCGAGGGCAAUAACUUUUUAUGCAAAUUAAAUUCAAUACCAAAUGCAAUUAAAAAUGAUUUAUACGAACAGAGGUUUUUGCCAAUCGCCAAAAUGCUUCACGAGGCGCUUACAAAAUUAGAACAUCGCGCACUUCUGGACGGUUUCGAAAAUUUUAUGGAUGUUCUCAAAAGCGUUAAAAGCGAAUUGGAUGCAUUUGAUAAAUUCUAUAAACUAUCAAGGGAUAAUCUAUUUAUAGUUUUGAAAGAUAAAAUCGGAAAGACUUUUCCAGAAGAAGUUAGUUCAUGCCCCAUUAAGUACCAACACAGUGAGAACACCGAAAUUUUAACGCCAGCGCUGCGGGAUGCGGACCAAGAUACGAAGUGUGGUUGCCGCGAGGAUUGGCUGAUGAUCUACGCCAUCGGCAGUGCUUUGUUAGUACUAACACUCUUUCUAGCCAUGAUACUGAGCUUGUUGCUGUACAAAUUUUACAAACGUGGACCGCCAAUUUUGUCUGGCCCGCAAGCGCGCGCUCUAUCCAAUGCGCAUGCGCAAUCGCAAGCAGCUGGAAGCGAACCUCCCUGUCCACAGGCUGUGAAUAAAGCAACUUACUCAACGACGCAAGAUAAAGACUGUAUUGUGGAUAUGAAAGGUGCUCAACCAACAAAUGCUAUGAAUUACUGUGAACCUCUUAGUGGUGCGAGUGCGAGCACCGGCACACCGUUGAUCAAUACAGUUAACUUUAUACCACCAGCUAUGGGUCCAUUUGGCUGCCAACCGUGUGCACCAGUUGUAUGUCCCCAACAACAAAUGCAUGCAGGUAAUCAAAAUCGAAAUGAUGGCGUUAUUUUACCGUUAAAAUGUCAAAGUAGAACUCAAGUGGAUUGCGCCGGCAGCAGCGGCAUAACGGAGGCACAAUUAGUUGGUGGUGGCACUACAAAAGACAAAACGGUAACGGUAAUGGUAUUCCAAGGGCCCAAGGAUCGCCAGCCAUUGGUCACAUACCCGUCUCCAGGAAAAUGUGAGAGGAAGAUAAAUCAGAAAAAAAGUAUGAAAUUAUCUGUUUUCAAAACACUGCCAGUUGUGCCCUAUUCAAAUCGUGAUCUCUGUGGCCUACCCUUGUCGGUGCGGGCGAUUAUUGAAGCAUUUGCAACUAGAGAGACUCUUGAUUUGCCGCGACAACUCACCGAAGAAUACGUUAAUUGCACCGGUUUGGGCUACAAGCUGCUGAACAACGAUUGGCGCGACUACUUUGCGCAAUUCCCCUGGCUUACAGCACUCUUAACGUAUACAGCGUUGCUGCCCAUUCUUUGCGUCAUCUGGUGUUGUCUACAAUUUCGACCGAAACGCAUCAGACGAUUUGAGAAAUCGCCGGUGCCAUCUUGGCGUUUUGUGCUUUCAACGGUGCUAUUUUUGCUGAAAAUCGUCUAUAGCUUUUUUGUGUGGUUCACAUACAAGUCCCAUCAAAAUCAUCCCACGCGAAGUCAUUACGGUUUGGAAAAUAAUGCCAACUUGGUGCGUCUGCUCUACGAUCAGACUUUGGACGUAAUCGAUCAUAUCACGACCGAGAACUCGGACGUGGUGCAGGAGUUUAUGAAGCAACUAGCUAAUGAUAUGAUAAUGAGCUUAAAUGCCUCCGCACCGCUUAUAAUAAAAAAUCCUGCUGGAAGUAUGCUCUUGGACAUCUCGGCGGAGUGUGCCAUAAUUCAACCCAUCAUUAAGGAUAUGCGCAAGGACAUGCAGGUUCUACUAGCUGAUAUUAUGCAGCUUACAGAUCUGACCAGAUUCUUCUAUAGAAACACCACAACUUUAUUGCUUCUGCGCAAUAUAUCAGAUCCAAAGUAUAGGGAUUUAAUUAGCAAUGAAAUGCAGGGAAAUAUACUAAAAAUUAUGACGCUGCUUAACAUCGAUAGAGUAUUGUCAAAUAUAGAAGACAUAGUUGAAAUGUCGCUUGGUUUGCCACGCUUACGAGAAGCUUUCGUAAAAAGCUUGGCAGACUUACACAAUUUUUAUGCGGCGUAUUUUACAAAUUUGUGGCAAGAAAAAGUAAAGGAAAUGAAUGGAAAUUAUUUAGCGAUGACCGAAGCUAUAAAUAAACUCAAAAGGGAUCUACCGCAGGAUGUUACGAUACAUUUGCCAAAUGAUAUUUAUUCAUAUCAAUUAUUUUUUUUAAUAAUCGCCAUGAUGAUCUCGUUGCUGUGUUGGCUUCAACUCGGCUAUGCUGUUUACCACACCGUUUAUAUGCGUUUUAAGAAGAGUAAAUAUAUUUUAGUGAGCAUUGUUGUUUUCAUAUGCCUUACAUCCAUAAUACUCUGCUUGAUUGCUUGUGUGAGCUUCUUUGUGGGCACAUCGUUCUAUAAUUUCAGGCAAGACACUGAGCGCCUCGAUAAUCACUGCGGUCUGGACACCAAACCCUAUUGCGAUGCACAAAAUAAAAUUCUCUCAACACUCGGACAGAGCAUUUACGGCGACGAUGCGGAGACAUAUACGGCAAUGGAAAUUCAAAAUCAACGUGUCUACGAGACGCUGCGUGCAGCACUCCCAAGCGAGGCUGGCAUUUCGAAUAUAUUGCAAAUGUUGCAUUUUGCAAACUUCAGUGCCGGCGUUUUUAAUUCUGGCGCCAUGUUUCGGGUUGUGCAACAGGAAUUGAAUAUGGAGAGUUGGUAUGAGGCGUACGAGCUGCUCAGCGCACAUGUGUCCGUCGUGGAGGGACCAAUUGGCAGCAAUAAAACCGUUUUCUAUGAGAAAAUGUUGGCGUGCAAUCUGCAUUUGAUGAGAACGCAUUUGUUUGAUACGCUGCUGAUGCAAAGUAUUUUUGAGAAAGUGAAUGAGCUCUCGAAAAAUGCCGAGCUGUUGGCUGCGCAAUUAAACCGGACGGAUAUGCGUGCGCUGUUGGGUAGAAGCUUGAGUGAAAUGCGUGAGUUACAUGAUUUCUUCGAGUUGAAAUUCAAGGAUUUGCUAAAUAAUAAAACGCAACGCCUUUUAAUGGAUUUCGAUUUGGAAAUGAUGUUAUACAUGAGUCAUGUGGCAUACAUGCCCAGUUGCAGGGAAUUCAAAAUGUCAAGUAUCGGCAUACCACGAGACCUCUACGAAUGUAUUGAGCGAUCCUUGCAUGGCUUCUGGAUUGGCGCUUUCAGCAUACUCAUACUACUCUUUCCCAUACUGAUCAUCUGCAUGUUAUUGACCUACCUGUACGAUAGAUAUCCUUAUGCUACACAAAGCGGCGCAAGCAGUAGAUCCUCCCAACGCGAUGGCGGUGGCACAAGCAGCACAGCUUCAGCCACAGGCAGCGAUGCUGCAAGCACCGGUGAUAGUGACCCAAUCGUAGACGACGAAUUUGUAGGCGAACCAAGUCCACCUAAGAGAGGUCCGCAACGCAAAAGAUCACGUGUCACCUUCGAAACACCACCAACAAAUGAUGCAUCGAGCAACUACAAAGUUGCGAGUGCACCACGUUCGGGAAGGGCGAAAAUUAGGGAUAUUAUUACUUCAAUAUUUAACUCUUCAGCUGGUGACGUUCCGACUGUCGUGGAAAGUAAAAUAAGCCAUGAAACUACCACCUCCGAGGAGUCAAUGGAAGUUGAGCUUGCUUAAAGAAAUAUUUUGGGGAAAUGCGGUUCUAAACAAAAUUGAUUUAAUUAAGAGUUUCUUACGAACUUAUUUCUAUUUUUAUUGUUAUUGAAAAAUAAAUAAGAACUGAAUGAUAACAGAUUCCUCAA